CACAAAAAUGUUAUUGAUGCAAUAUCUUUCUUGCGUUUACGUUUACAUAGGAGCAUCACUAGUUAUAUAAAGUAGCAAUAGAACACAAGUCUCAAAAUGGAAGAAAGUAAUCCUUUGGAACCGACUCCAGUUACUCUAUCGAAGAAGGGUCUUCGAAGUAAUGCAAGGGGUAGGCCGACAUCGGACAAAACUAUAAAGUUUACUCCACAGCCGAAAUCUAUAAUAUCGCGGUUAUUGAGACGAGUAAGGAAACAGAAUUGUGAUAAAAUUAUCAAAAGAAACCACUCUGGCAUUCACGUUUCUAAGAUUAACUUAAGUACGGAAGAUGUUGUUAAUUCUAAAACGGAGACAGUCCUGGAAGAACCCCAGUUAUCAAACACUUAUCAGAGUAUUCAAGGAUCUUACGCUGUUGAUGGGGAUGAUAAUCGUGAUAAUUAUAAGAAUAGUUUAAAUGCUGGAGAACAAAACGAUGUUCAGAAUAAUACAACACUUUGGGAUAAGAAGUGUGAAGAACCAACACCACUUGACAUCACUUGUUAUGUAUGCUCACAUAGAAGCAGCGGCCAACAAGCACACAGAAAGCAUUUAAGCAUUCACAGAAAUCAGCCCUACACCUGCAACUUUCCCGAUUGCAAGUACACCUGCAAGUUGUCCUGUAAUCUCAUCAAGCACAAAAGGAUACACACAUCAGAAAAACCAUUUCUUUGUGAUCAGUGCACAUUCAGAUCAAACUUUGCCAAUUCACUGAAAGUGCACAGAAGAAUUCACACAUCAGAAAGACCAUAUGGCUGCCAGCUCUGUAGUUACCGGUGCAACAGUAGUUCUAAUCUCAAGAAGCACUGUCGUCACAGACAUCGCAACAUUUCUUAGGAGAAAUUUUUUUUU